AUUGGCUCGCUCUCCAUGACGGGCCUUUCGGGGGCGGGACUUCUCGUAAACAGGAAGCGUGACGUAACAUUUGUUUUGGAAGAACGAAGCAGGGAUUCAGACGACGGAGGAAUGGAGCAAAACGUUGAAGAUUACAAGCUGAUUUUUGAGAAGGAGGGGGUGUACCUGCACACAAAUGCCAAGAGGAGUAACCAGGACACCACCAUCCCAGGGUUUAUCCGCAUUGUGGAGCGGGCCGGGGUGCCAGCGCUAGAGUGGAGCCCACUGGAGGACGAGGGUCGUAGUGCCCCUGCUGUACUCUACUCCAAAAAGGAUGGUGAAGGAGGGGAGGAGGAUACAAAAUUUGACCCUGGUUAUGAGCCAGACUGGGCAGUUAUCAGCACCGUGAAGAAAGAUCGAGAGCACGUUCCAGUCAAAGAGUCAGGUCAGUGGUCGUUCUCUCUUCCUCUCUCAGAGCUGUACUCUCUUCGGAGGGCCCGGUUUUCCUUUGGUCGAAACUUUCUAGUGUUGACUAGCAGAGGAGGGCACCCACUUCCUCCUCUGCACUUCCACAGAGGAGGAACCAGGGAACUGCUUAAGGCUCUGCAACGUUACAUCAUCCUGGACCAGUCACCAGUUGACGGACGGCUCUUCCUUGCCUACCCACAUGACUCAGGCGCUCUCUCCCAGUCCGUCGAUAAGCUGCAGCUCUUUGAUGAUGGAGGGUCGGAUCUGGUCUUGAGAUUUAUCCAGGACCCCUACGCCACUACAUUCGGUGGAUUCUCCAAAGUCACUAAUUUCUUCAGGGCAGCACUCCGACCUCCAGAGUCCCCCAUCCACAUGCGUUCUGCUCAGGAUCCUAGCUUGCCCCCCCAGUCUGAUGAAGAGCCUGAAUUUGAACUCAUCACCUGUGGGGCAGAGCUCGGUCCCAGACCGGACGUAACCAGGGGACAACCUCUGGACAAAUGGGAGACGUUUCUGGACGCUGAGGGGCGCGUGAAGAACCCAGAAAAAAUCAAAGAGCUCGUGUUCAGAGGGGGCAUCGUGCCCUCACUAAGGAGGGACCUCUGGAAGUUCCUCCUGGGCUUUUAUCCAUGGAACAGCACCGCUAAAGAACGGGAGGACAUUCUGCGGGUUAAAACGGAUGAGUAUUUCAGAAUGAAGGUGCAGUGGAAGUCCGUCAGCGAAGAGCAGGAGAUGAGGAACUCCCUCCUCAGAGGCUACAGAAGCCUGAUAGAGAGAGAUGUCAACAGGACAGACAGACACAAUACGUUCUUCUCUGGGAACGAUAAUCCAGGACUGACUCUGCUUCAUGAUGUGCUGAUGACAUACUGCAUGUACAACUUUGAUCUUGGUUAUGUGCAGGGGAUGAGUGAUCUCCUUUCUCCCCUCCUGUUCGUCACCCAGAAUGAGGUGGAGUCCUUCUGGUGUCUGACAGGCUUCAUGGAGCUGGUGCACCAGAACUUUGAAGAGUCUCAGGAGGCCAUGAAGCAGCAGCUCCUUCAGCUCAGUAUCCUGCUGAAGGCUCUGGACCCCGAGCUGUGUGACUUUCUGGACUCUCAGGACAGCGGCUCGCUCUGCUUCUGUUUCCGCUGGCUGCUCAUCUGGUUCAAGAGAGAGUUUUCCUUCGAGGACAUCCUCACUUUGUGGGAGGUCCUGUGGACUCGACUUCCAUGUGACAACUUCCACCUGCUGAUCGCCUGUUCAAUCCUGGAGUCCCAGAGAGGCGAGCUGAUUGGCUCAGACCACGACUUCAACACUAUUCUGAAGCACAUUAAUGAGCUGACGAUGAAGUUGGAUCUGCAGAGCGUUCUACGCGGAGCGGAGGCCAUCUACCUGCAGCUGAUUCAGUGCAAGGAGCUUCCCCUGAAGGUACAGCAGGUUCUGGGUCUCUACGUUCCCUCCAGCUCUGAGGAGGAGAGCUCGGACUCCCAGGCCAGUGAGACUCAACGCCUGCUCAGCCAAACCCAGGCAGGAGCUGCCUCUUCUAGUUCAGCACGUGGUUCCACUUAUCCUUAAAUCUGCAGGUCAGCUGGUGGACUGACCAUCACUAAGACAUAUACUGAGAAUAUAUAUAUAUAUGAAGAAAUAUAUAUACUGUAAAUGACCUAAUGAGAAGCAAUGAAGACUGUGGUGAAGACUGUUGUUACAGUUUGUCAGAGGCAGGGGGCACUGUUGAGGUAUUUUAAUUUUAAUGUACCCCUGAAUGUUACAGAUGUUGAAACACAACAGCCGUAGCUCUCUUUCUUUACGUACGUUGUCCUCCUCCUUUUGGCAGGACAGCUUGUCACUUGUUUACAUAUCCCGUGUCCCUGCCAUCCUUUCCUCUCUCCAUCUCUCCAUCCUCCUUUUGAUGCUGCUGUUUUAUCUUUCCACGACUUAUUUAAUUACUGUGUUCUUCUCAACUCGUCAUCUUUUGUUUCAGCGUGCUUUCAGUGCAUUUCGUUGAGUUUGGUUUAGAAUUCCCUGCCGUCCCCUCGCCACUGUUCCUGAAAAGGGAAGAAGAUGCGGUAUAAACUCACUGGCAGCACUGCGUUAGUACUGUAUGAUCUGUAUGAUGCCAUUCCAGCCCUAUGCAAAGUUUUUGCAUGCCUUAUAGUUUUCACAUGUGGCGUGGUAAUAUUUUCAGCCUUGUAAUUAUCUGUAUAAUGUCAUAACGUUUUCAUCUGCUGAUUAUUACCAAAUAAAUGGUUGAAUCUUAA